UCUCUGCCUGUGUGAUAGUUUUGUUAACUGGAUCUUUAUUUUGGGACCUCACUCCAGACUCCACUACUGAACAAUAGAGCUUGUUUUCCUUGCAGGAUACUGAGAUUGGUUAUCUUAUAUACAGCCUUUUCUUCUUGGGUGCAUCAAAAUGUCUGGAAAUAAUUCUCAGGCCGCGGCAGACCGGAUAAAGGCGUGGGCCGUCUCAAAUGCUAAGGGACUGAGCAGGGCUCAAGCUGAACGUGCCGCGGAAGCUGCUGCCCGCAAUGUCAAUGCCUAUGGGCAGAAGGAAGAGGGGCCAAGCCACUGGCAAGAGAGGAAGGAAGCCAAGAGGAAGAUGUAUCUGAUGAGCACGGAGCAGCCUGUGAGGCUAGGUGUGAGGCCAAAUGCCGUACCAACUUCUUCCUCUGGUGGCCAAUGUCAGAAGUGCUUCCAGCCCGGGCACUGGACGUAUGAGUGCAGGAACGAACGGGUCUACAUUUCGCGACCCUCGAGGACGGAGCAGCUUAAGAACCCCAGGCUGAAGAAGAAAGUGUCGCUGCCGGCUUGCUCUCAGUUCGUGAACCCUGAUCUUGAGAAGGAGAUGCAGGAGGAAACGAAGCUGACGGGAGCAAAGCAGAAGAACGAGAAAUCUGAGAGAAAGAAGGUAAAGAGUAACAGGAAACUGUUGGAUUAUGGAUGGCCUUAGGCCCUUAUAAGACACUAAUCCCUGGUUA